AACAUCUGCCUCUCACCUUUACAUAUCAUACAUUCCAUUCUUACUUUCUUUCGUUAUAGUUAUUUUCUACCUAACAUGAAUCUCGACAUGAUGUAUUUGUUGGAUCUAGCCGGAGCUGAGGGUAAUGGAGUAAAAUGAAGAGUUUAAAAAGGGGGUGGACUUUGUUUUGGCUCUUGACCUUUUUGUCUUGCAGCUUCACGGCAACGCCUGUUUGUUUUCCUAGACGAUGGCAACGGCUUCUUUUUUUCGGAUUCAACGAUUAACAAACUGGGACACGCAGCGUCUUCUUAUUGGGUCAAGGACCGCAAAACGAGGAAGGGCAACGAGCCUCGUGCGCGCCCCCCUGACAUCGGAGGGAAAAGGGGGUUGGUUAGUGGCGGCGGCGGCGGCGGCGGCACACGUGGGAAUGGCGGAAGGGAACUGUGAACAAGCAACCAGACGCCAGUUACGCCACCGGGUGGGAUCGUUGGCUGAUCGGCGGGAGGGCUUUGAAAAGAGCACAGGCAGUCGGUUAAUGUCCCACGACAGGGCCAUUCGAGGAGGCACAGACGAGAUGUCAUGGCUUCUUUGAUGCCUCAAGACGAGUUGGCCUGGGCCUCUUGUGUAACAUCUAGAGCCAUGUC